AUGGGGUUUUAUCUAUUUGUCAUAAAUUUGUUGUCAUCUGCCGCUUCAUCUUCAAGAACACAACAGAAUCGAAAUGGGCCCAGGGUGUCUGCUGUUGUGUCUGAGAGGCAGAACUCUUUUUGGAAUAAGGAUUUCCACGCAGCAUAUUUAAUCAAUCCAGCAACAACUUUUGUGUCUAACAAAAGUGUAUUGCAGGGCACAGAAAACACGUCAAUAGAUGUUGAUACUAAAGCUGAAUUCCCAACAUUAGAGGAAAUUGAUGAAGAGGAAACCGCCACAAUUUCUGUUCCCACAGCUCUGCCCCCGUCAUCCACUUCACUGAAAGACUAUGUUGAUCAAUCUGAGACUCUACGUAAACUCGUUCAGCUAGGUGUAAAUCUUUGGAAGCUUGAACAAAGGCAAAAUGUGGGCUCUAUGCUUUUGAAACUUGAUUUUGACACUGAUGUUGUACCAAAGCUGCUGUUCCUCAAAGACAUUGGGGUUGAGGACAGUCGUCUCGGCUAUAUUGUCUCGCACAAUCCAUUUAUUUUAACCCAAACUUUACAAAACUUGGAAGCAAGGGUGAAUUACCUCAAGUCAAAGAAGUUCAAUUCAGAGGAAGUUGCAUCAAUGGUGUCCAGAGCGCCAUAUCUGCUCAACUUCAGUGUGAAGAGACUGGACAACCGCAUUGGCUUCUAUCAGCAACAGCUCAACCUAAGCGUUGAAAAUACAAGAAAUAUUGUUUCUCGUCUUCCUCGAUUGUUGUGUGGUAGUUUGGAACCUGUGAAGGAAAACCUGAAGGUUUGUGAAAUCGAACUUGGCUUUAAAAAGAAUGAGAUUCAGCACAUAAUCCUGGCUGUCCCAAAAGUCCUCACUGCGAAUAAGAAGAAGCUAAUACAAAUGUUUGAUUAUCUCCACAAUACCAUGAAGGUUCCCCAUCACUGGAUUGUAAAGUUCCCUCAGGUUCUGAAUUCAAAAUAUUUGCGCCUCAAAGAACGGCAUCUGUUCCUUGAAUAUCUGGGGAAAGCACAGUUACUAUUUACAUCCUCAGCCAUAGUCCUUACCCAGAAUCCACCGCGGCAGCUGUUUUCACAUUUCAACAUGGCGGCCCGGGCACCAGCUGCAUCAGGCAGACUCCUGAUGGGUUUGCGAAAAUGGUACUAUAACAUGUCUGGCUUCAACAAAAUUGGCUUAAUGCGAGAUGAUACACUGUACGAAGACCCAGAUGUGAAAGAGGCCAUUACUAGACUCCCAGAAAACGUGUACAACGACAGGAUGUUUAGGAUCAAGAGAGCCCUGGACCUUUCCAUGAAGGUGCAGAUCCUCCCCAAGGACCAGUGGACGAAAUAUGAAGAGGAUGUGAAUUAUCUGACUCCAUACUUGGAAGAGGUCAUCCGCGAAAGGAAGGAGAGGGAAGAAUGGAUGAAAAAGUAG